UAUACAUCGUCUGCAACAAGCUUCAUCAGCUGACAGGACAACUGUCAUAAUAAACGCCCUCCCAAAAGCUCUUCAGAAAUUUUAAACGAGCUCGGCUGUUUUAUCGUUGUUGUCUCCAAUAGUCGAAGAACUUAUAUUUUUUCAACUUAAAGCCGAAUACAACUCAAUUCCCUUCAGUUUUGUCAAAAAUGACGGAUUCAAAAUACUUCACUACCACCAAAAAGGGUGAAAUUUUCGAGCUGAAAUCUGAAUUGAAUAGUGAAAAAAAAGAAAAGAAACGCGAAGCAGUCAAAAAGGUUAUUGCAUCAAUGACGGUUGGAAAAGAUGUCUCAGCUCUAUUUCCUGAUGUUGUAAAUUGCAUGCAAACUGAUAAUUUGGAAUUGAAAAAGCUGGUUUAUCUUUACUUGAUGAACUAUGCAAAAAGCCAACCAGAUAUGGCGAUUAUGGCUGUGAACACCUUUGUCAAGGACUGUGAAGAUCCCAAUCCUCUCAUUAGAGCUCUAGCUGUGCGAACAAUGGGCUGCAUUCGAGUAGAUAAGAUCACUGAAUAUCUAUGUGAACCAUUAAGGAAGUGUCUGAAAGAUGAAGAUCCCUAUGUCAGGAAGACUGCAGCAGUUUGUGUAGCCAAGUUACAUGACAUCAAUGCCAGUUUGGUAGAAGAUCAAGGAUUCCUUGAUCAACUGAAAGAACUCUUGAGUGACUCUAAUCCCAUGGUGGUUGCCAAUGCUGUUGCUGCUUUGUCUGAAAUCAAUGAAGCUUCCAGUAGUGGUGUUCCCUUAGUGGAAAUGAAUACCCAAACAAUCAACAAGCUUCUGACUGCUCUCAAUGAAUGUACAGAGUGGGGUCAAGUCUUCAUUCUAGAUUCAAUUUCCAACUACAGUCCUAAGGAUGAACGAGAAGCUCAGAGCAUCUGUGAGCGAAUUACUCCUCGUUUGGCACAUGCGAAUGCUGCUGUUGUUCUUAGCGCUGUUAAAGUGCUUAUGAAGUUAAUGGAGAUGAUGGCACCUGACGCGGACUUUGUUGUGAAUUUGAGCAAGAAAUUGGCUCCACCACUCGUGACACUUUUGUCGUCUGAACCGGAAGUUCAGUACGUUGCUUUACGAAACAUCAAUCUGAUUGUUCAAAAACGACCAGACAUUCUGAAGAAUGAAAUGAAGGUUUUCUUCGUCAAAUACAAUGACCCGAUCUACGUCAAAUUGGAGAAGCUGGACAUCAUGAUCCGUCUUGCUAAUCAAUCCAACAUUGCCCAGGUGCUGUCUGAACUGAAGGAAUAUGCUACCGAAGUAGACGUUGAUUUCGUUCGUAAAGCUGUACGAGCUAUCGGUCGAUGCGCCAUCAAAGUGGAACCAUCAGCAGAACGAUGCGUUAGUACUUUGCUCGACCUAAUUCAAACCAAAGUCAACUAUGUCGUGCAAGAAGCCAUUGUCGUCAUCAAAGACAUUUUCCGCAAAUAUCCCAACCGCUAUGAAAGCAUUAUUUCGACGCUGUGCGAGAACUUGGACACGCUCGAUGAGCCCGAGGCUCGUGCCUCCAUGAUAUGGAUUAUUGGCGAAUACGCUGAGCGUAUUGACAAUGCUGAUGAACUUCUUGAAAGUUUCCUUGAGGGUUUCCAGGAUGAGAGCACCCAAGUACAGCUGCAGCUGCUAACUGCCAUAGUCAAGUUAUUCCUCAAACGCCCUGCGGACACGCAAGAAUUGGUCCAACAAGUUCUGACUCUAGCCACACAGGAUUCCGACAACCCAGAUUUACGUGAUCGUGGCUUCAUUUACUGGCGUCUAUUGUCGACUGAUCCGGCGGCGGCACGUGAGGUAGUAUUAGCUGACAAGCCACUGAUUUCUGAAGAAACGGAUCUACUGGAACCGUCACUGCUUGAUGAACUCGUCUGUCACAUUGCUUCGCUGGCAUCCGUUUAUCACAAACCGCCCUCCGCUUUUGUGGAAGGUCGUGGUUUGGGCUCCUCCCGCCGGGCUCUUCCGACUCGUUCUGGAUCGCAGGACAUCUUGGAGUCCAGCCCUUCGCACGGCGAGCGUUCUGGAGUAAUUCCUACCCAAGAAUCGCUUAUUGGCGAUCUACUAACAAUGGAUCUUGGCGGGCCACCAGUACCAUCUUCAGUGCCUGCCGCUCCAUUCGCUUCAUCCGGCUUGGAUCUGUUGAGCGGUGGGUUGGACGGGUUGCUCAGCGAUAGUCCUACCGUUCCGCCGCCGCAAGCUGCACCAGCGCCAGCACCUUCUGUUGGUCUCCUCGGUGACAUUUUCGGUCUUGCACCUUCCGCAUCCACGUCGUACGUCGCACCAAAGCAGAUGUGGCUACCUGCCGCUCGUGGUAAAGGCCUAGAGAUUACUGGCACCUUCUCCCGCCGCAACGGACAAAUCCAAAUGGAGAUGACCAUGACCAAUAGAGCCAUGCAACCAAUGAUGCAGUUUGCCGUUCAGCUUAACAAAAACAGUUUUGGUUUAGUUCCUGCUGCACCCCUGCAUGUUGUAUCACCGUUAGCACCAAAUCAGUCAUAUGAAGCUGUACUGUCCCUCAAUCCGACCGGCCCUGUCCAGCGAAUGGAACCACUCACCAACCUCCAAGUUGCUAUUAAGAACAACAUCGACGUCUUCUAUUUUGCUGUUGUUAUGCCGAUGAACAUCUUUUUCGCCGAAGAUGGACAAAUGGACAAACGUGUCUUUUUGUCUACAUGGAAGGACAUCCCAUCGGCAAAUGAAGUCCAGUAUACCAUCAACAACGUGAAUCUGAGUGCGGACGCCGUUUCGUCCAAAAUGCAGCAGAACAAUGUCUUCACCAUCGCAAAACGUAACGUCGAAGGCCAAGAUAUGCUAUACCAGUCGCUUAAGCUAGUUAAUGGCAUCUGGAUUCUUUCCGAGCUGAAAAUGCAGCCUGGUAAUCCAACACUUAUCCUGGCCGUCAAAACUAGGGCGCCAGACGUUUCCGCCGGUGUUAACACUGCGUUCGACGCUAUCCUUCACAGUUAAAUGUUAGUGUUUUGUUUUUUUUUCUUAUUUUUUUUUCUUUUCUUAUUCUCACUAAUUUGUCUCUGUGAACCAGUGUAGAGAUGUUUCGAUUCUGAAUGUCAGUUGAGCGUAGCUGUAACUGUUCUUCAUCUUGCAGAUUUUUCACCCAACAUUCCUUCUGUGCUUCUCCCCCGUACCACCCUCUAUAUUUGCUGUUUUGUUGGAUGGAGCGUAAUAAUUAUUGUUUUUCUGUCUUCUUGGCAUACACAUUGUGUUAUCGAAAUCAU